AUGUCGCUCUCCUCCGCUUCCAGCACUCUGCUGCGCACUUGCGCCCGCCAGCAGCUGCCCACCUCCCGCGCCGCCGUCACCUCCUGCCAGCAGCGGAGGGGAGUUGCCGAUGCGAAGGCCUCCUUCGAGAGCCCCUUCGCCACCGCCAACGAGCGUGGCUCGACUCUGAAGAUCCCCAACUUCAGCAAAUACCAGUCCAAGAACAGCCCCCGCUCCAACCAGGUCUUCUCCUACUUCAUGGCUGGCACCAUGGGUCUGGCUACCGCCGUCGGUGCCAAGGCCACCGUUCAGGAUUUCCUCGUCAACAUGUCCGCCUCCGCCGACGUCCUGGCCCAGGCCAAGGUUGAGAUCUCUCUCGGUGCCAUCCCCGAGGGCAAGAACGUCAUCAUCAAGUGGCGUGGUAAGCCCGUUUUCAUCCGUCACCGUACCCAGGGUGAGAUCGACGAGGCCCGCGAGAUCAAGUGGGAGGGUCUCCGUGACCCUCAGCGUGAUGAGGACCGCGCCCAGCGCCCCGAGUGGCUGGUCAUGCUGGGUGUCUGCACCCACUUGGGUUGUGUGCCCAUCGGUGAGGCCGGUGACUUCGGCGGCUGGUUCUGCCCCUGCCACGGCUCCCACUACGAUAUCUCCGGUCGUAUUCGCAAGGGCCCCGCCCCUCUGAACCUCGAGGUUCCCGCCUACAGCUUCCCCGAGGACGAGACCCUCGUCAUCGGAUAA